CCGCCGCCAACCGCCGCCUCAGCUUGCGCCGCCGCCGCCGCCGCCGCCGCGCACGCCAUGGGAGCCGUGACUGACGACGAAGUCAUACGGAAACGUCUCCUAAUUGAUGGAGAUGGUGCUGGAGAUGAUCGGAGAAUUAAUCUGCUAGUGAAGAGUUUCAUUAAAUGGUGCAACUCUGGAUCCCAGGAAGAGGGAUAUACUCAGUACCAACGUAUGCUGAGUACACUGUCUCAAUGUGAAUUUUCAAUGGGUAAAACUUUGCUGGUAUAUGAUAUGAAUCUCAGAGAAAUGGAAAAUUAUGAAAAAAUUUACAAAGAAAUAGAAUGUAGCAUUGCAGGAGCACAUGAAAAAAUUGCUGAGUGCAAAAAGCAAAUUCUUCAAGCAAAACGAAUACGAAAAAAUCGCCAAGAAUAUGAUGCUUUGGCAAAAGUAAUCCAACAUCACCCAGACAGGCAUGAGACAUUAAAGGAACUGGAGGCUCUGGGAAAAGAAUUAGAGCAUCUUUCACAUAUUAAAGAAAGUGUUGAAGAUAAGCUGGAAUUGAGACGGAAACAGUUUCAUGUGCUUCUUAGUACCAUCCAUGAACUUCAGCAAACACUGGAAAAUGAUGAAAAGCUCUCAGAGGUAGAAGAAGCUCAAGAAGCAAGCAUGGAAACAGAUCCUAAGCCAUAGACAGGCAAAUUACUCACCAUUCCCAAGAAUACUGGAAUAGCUACCAUGAUCUUAGUGUAUUUAAAAUUUGUUGUGCUCUCAAGAUAAAGUUUUAUCAGUAAAAUACUUUGCUUUUAAUUAUUAAUGAACAUUUCAUUUGUAUUUCCUCACACAAAGGGAAAUGAAUAUAGAUUUGUUUUCUAUUGAAAUGUAUCUUUUAUCCUUAAAAGAUAGGAAGCAACAUUUUAAAAUGUUUUAUCAAAGUGUUUUCAAGCUGGACAUGUUUGUGCUCAUUAGUUUUUUGGGUUAUUUGUAACUGAACAUUGAUUGGCUUACAAAAUAAGUUGAAGUUUGUGAGAAGGUGGCAUUUCUAGGAUGUACAUGAGAAAAUGGGCCAAUUUCUGGAAAUGUUAGUACAUGAAUAGGCUUCGGAAAGGCCAAGCAUCUGUGAUAUUAUGUAUAAAGCGUUUAUAGUGUAUGCUUAUUGGGUGGGGAGAUUUCAUGAUGUUAAGACUCACUGGAGUGAGAGGUGGUUACAAGAUGCGAAGUAAAUUAAUAUUCAUUACUUUCUUUAUCUCCCUAAUACAUGAGGAAUAUGGUGUUUUGUUGAUGUUUUAUCUCUUCUUUAGGAGUCAUUUUCAAUAGAAACAAAUGUAUCAAAACAAAGUUGUUUGAGGUAGUUUGUUAAGAUUGUCUUGCAUAAAUAAUUUUGUAAUCUUUUAAAUGAUGUUACAUUUUUGUAGUUUUAAGAAGAAUUUUUAUCUUUAAAAAUGAAAGUUUAAAAUUAGCUCAGUUGUAAUCAUAUUAAAAUUGUCAUAAUACCUAUAAAUGCUUCCUCUAAUUUCACCUGGCAAGUCUUGGGAGGAAUUUCUUUUCAGAAUUGCUAUGCUGCGACAAAUGUUUCUGUUUUCCAUUAUUAGUAAGAAUUAUGAAGCAAAAAUGUACUUAUGAUAUUGACUCAGGAUUAAAAAUCAUUUUUUCAAAAA